AUGUACAAAACUCCACGAGAUAUCCGUCCUGAAAUGUGUCUCGGAAGGAACUUAUAUACACAAGGAAAGGUUGCCAAUCUGAACGACAAAGGGAUCCUGGAUGAUAGUUACCCGACUACAUCGCUGGGCAUCCUCAAGGACUUGCCUACUCACAGACUUUACUACAUGGACAUCAUGUACAAGCCUGCCUGUAAGUUAUCAGACGUGGCGUGUCUCCUUAUAUCCCUCUCAAGGCCAAGGCAAACUACUUCGCACAUACGAACUUCUCAUCUCUGGGUCCCCGCUGAUGCCACCGAAAUUCGUUAUAUCCUUGGGUUCAAGAAAUCACCGAAUUCGACUCCGUCGGUGUUUCCUCGACGGUAUGAGAUGUUCGUCGCGAUGAAUAGCACCCGAUGGAGAUUUACUUUUGACCUUCGCCGUAUCGAAGAGCUUGAAUGCCGCAGUACAGCCUUCCUACAGACAUACGUUGCCGCUUGGGACCUGGUUCUCGCAACAACCAAGGUCGUCAAGGCUCAAGCUGCCGAAGCCCAAAUGUUCUACCACCAUCUGGAUCAUGUUAUCAGGAUGUAUAAAAUCGUCAAACUAACGAUCUGGCACACCAAUGAGGCUGCAAUGGAACUAUGGUUGACACCUUCUGCUCUCGUCCGAACAUGGAGACAACGACAGACAAUUUGGGUCAGUCGAAAGGGUGCCGAACUUAUCAUUUCCCGUACCUUGAUUCAAGACUCACGAAUGAGCCGAGCUUCUGAUGAGAAAGUGGAUCGCGUUGCCGUUUGGCUCAACCGUGCCGAGCUUGCCACUAUCACAAUUGCUCGCACGAUCUACCUGGGCAUGUCAAUGGGCCUGGCCCUCCGGCGCAUCUUGCACGGUAUACGUCUCUGUCGAUAUCAACUCGACUUUCGAGGAGAUGCAUUCCGACGAGCUCUUCAACUCGCAGGUAAAAAGAGUUCUUGA